AUGAGUAAACCAGGAUUGUCUUUCGGCCUUAACCUGGGCAAAAAGCCCGGCGUGUCAAAGCCUGCACCAGCGAAACGGAAGGCAUUCGGCGGCGACGACUCGGACGAUGAUGCGCCCAAGUCGGGAACCAAGGUCGAGACAGUGGCCGAGCUAGGCGGCUUCGAUCUUGACUCCUCGUCCAGCAGACAAGAGAGCGGCAACAGAAAACCAAGGAGCAAGACCACACUACCGACACAUCCGCCAACGAGUAAAACCAAGAAGCAAGAAAGCGCCAUGUUUGGCGACCUCUCGAGCUCGCUCGCAUCGAAGAAACACGCCGAGGAGGCAGAGGAGCUCGACCCGAGCGUCUACGACUACGACGGCGUGUACGAGUCUUUCAAGCCCCAGAAGAAGGAGACAAAGGAGGACGCCGAGCGGAAGCCCAAGUACAUGAAAAGUCUGCUCGAGGCGGCUUCCGUGCGGAAACGCGAUGCGCUGAUUGCCGAGGAGAAGAAGAUUGCGAGGGAGCGGGAGGCUGAGGGCGAGGAGUACGCGGACAAGGAGAAGUUCGUCACGGAGGCGUACAAGAAACAGCAGGAGGAGAACCGGCGAAUCGAGGAAGAAGAGAAGAGGAGGGAGGAGGAGGAAGCGAAGAAAAACAAGACGGGUGGCAUGAGCGCCUUCUAUAAGAACCUCCUCAACAAGGGUGAGGAGAGGCACGCCGAGGUCCUGAAGGCGGCCGAGGACAAGACUAAGGCUGGCCCGACACCUGCGCCGGAGGAAGACGACGCGGGCAAGGAGAAAUCCGAGGCCGACAUUGCAAAAGAGAUCAACGAAAAGGGUGGUUCUGUCGCCGUCAACGAGGAGGGACAGGUGGUGGACAAGAGACAGCUUCUCAAAGGCGGUCUCAACGUGGGCGCCAAGAAGGAGGCCCAGGUUAGACAAGAGGCCGCGCGACCGAAAGAGAGCAGACCGGAGCGCAGUUCCGGCACCGGAUUUGUCGGCUCUGGAGGCAAGGGUGCGAUGCGGGAGCGGCAGACGCGGAUGCUCGAGGCGCAACUGGAGGCGGCGCUCAAGCGGUCACGCGAGGAAGAGGAGGCGGAGCGGGAGAAGGUAGAACGGGUCACGAAGACGAGGAAGACGGAGGGGGAGAUCUCGAGCGCGAAGGAACGGUACCUCGCCCGAAAGCGCGAGGCGGAGGAGGCCAAGAAGAAGGGGCUAGCCGAGUAG